AUGGCAAGGAAGGAGGCGGGCCUCCACCAGAUCCAGGGUUCAUCCCGCCUGUUUCGGGAGAUCUUUCAGGAGACCAGCAGUGGAGACUUCGGCAUCCACAUUAAGGGUGGUCCUUUGUUUCGAUGCCACACGCGUAUCUUGGACACUUCUGGCGGCUUUUGCGGCAAGAUCCGUCAGUUUGGCAAGCUCAUGAGCCGGAGCGCUGAUCACGAUGAGAUCCCGGCGCCCAGGGAGUAUUUCAAGGCCAUGGGCUAUACCCGCUUGCUGCAAGACCUGCAAUCCAUCCAGUUCUCACAGCCAAUCGACAGAUCUGUUCUAGCCGGCGGAAUCACUGCCACGAUCGCCGGGAAGCGCGACGAUGCGAUGAAGCCAGGCUUCUCGACGGCGCACUUCAUUGGCGGCACCAUCGGUACGAACAAGCGUGCCGAUCCCUUUUUCCUAGCGGAACGAUAUGAGAUCCAGUGCGAUUGUGAGCUUAUGGCAGAGCUGCUUCGUUUCAUCUACUGCGGUGAGAUGGCAUUCUUCCAAGAGAAGGCAGAUGACGACAAGGCCAAUGAGAUCUUGACCCAGAAGAUGUUGGCCAUUUGCUUUGAAGCCGAGCGCUUCUCUGUGGAUGCCCUUUACGAGAAUCUGCUGAACUGGUUCGGCAGGAGGAGCUUCUUCGUGGUCGGUGAGCUCAACUUCGCGGAUGCGUUCUACCAUCUGCAGCACUACGAGCAUCGCGCUACGGAGAAGCAUUCGCGAGAUGUCCUGAUCACAACGUUAGCUAGUGAGAUGGUUUCCACCCGAGAUCAGUUCCGGGCCGUCACGCGGGACCCUCGAUGGUGUUCUCUACCUGUGUACUUCGUAGAGACAAUCCUGAACUUCGAGCGCCUUCCCAUCGUCUCUGAGACAGAGAUUCUGAGCCUCAUCGAGCGAUGGAACGCGACAGCCGAUAAGGAGAAGUCAGACAUUGUUCGGCUGCUGUCAUGUUUCAGGCCAGGCCAGGAUUCGCGCGUUGCGAUGAAGAACUGGCUCUCUUUGAUGGGCUGGGUGGAUGAGUCAGGCAAUGUCGUGGCAAUUCCUGGGCUGGAGGGCCUGGAGCACGUUGUCAACGGCACUGCCACUAAAGGCAAACAACCCCGCAGCCUCAAGAAUGAGAUAGGGGACCUCACAGACUUCACGAAGGCGAUGAUCGAAAACAUUCAAUCCGAUCUUCAGCCAGAAGGCAAUGACGAAGAGGCCGACGCCACAUUCCUUCACUACCGCGGCACGAAGGUGCUCGCCCAAGGCUGCUCCUUCGACCUCGGGGCGGGGGAGCGCUUGCUGCAGGCCGAUGUCCUUCGCCACUCUGGCAUCAGUCGACUUCGUGUAGCGCUCUCUGAGCCCUCGUCUCUGCUGUGGAACCCGCAGCACGAAGUCUUCGUCGGCCUGUCCUACGGUGAAGGAAAGUACUUUGGCUUCCUCUGCAGUGCAACGGCUUUCUCCGGUAUCUUUUCUGUUCGAGCUCUGGCUUCUGCAGCGCCUGCUCCCUCGGCACCCGUGCAUCUCACGGGCUCUGGGAACAAGAUGGAAUUCGAUAUGGGUCUGGAGAUCGCGCUGCAUCGAGUGGACCUGGUUGUGACUUGCAAGAUGAGCGCCAUCUUCAAGAACGAGUGUUUGACACAGGAAGUGUUCCAGAUUUCCCAUGACACCUUGGUCCACGGACCUGGUCUCAGAUACCAGGUCGUCGGCACUGGGCUCGAGAGGGACAGAGUCCUCAUCAACUUGGCCUGGGUGAGCGGGGGCGGCCCUGCAUUGGACAAACAGGUCGAGUAUGGACCCAUCGGGUUCGUGGAUGGCGAGUACUAG